AUGAUCAAGGAAUUUCCGAGUCCUGUCAAUUUAACCGAGAUAUGUUGUGCGUGCGAGAAACCAAUUUUAGACAGAUUUUACCUCUUAGCCAUCGACAAUGUUUGGCAUUCGCAAUGCUUGCGAUGUACCGUUUGUUCACAGAGCUUAGACAAAGACGUGAGUUGCUACUCGCGCGAUGGACGAAUUUAUUGUAAACAGGAUUAUUAUCGAUUAUUUUACACUCGAUGCACAAGAUGUGAUAAUAUCAUACAAAAAGAUGACUUAGUGAUGAAAGCGAAAGAGUUUAUUUACCAUUUGGAUUGUUUUUCGUGCUAUUACUGUGAAGUUACCUUCAAUUCAGGCGACACUGUUGCUGUUCAAGAAACCGGAAGGAUUUGCUGUACAAAUCAUUUCAAGAAAUCAACAACUCCCCCUCCCGGAGGCAUUGAAUACACAGAGACGGCACAAAAAGGACGUCCUCGAAAACGAAAAUACAACGUUCCAAAUAUUGAAAAUGUGGAUUCAACACAAGCUGCCAAAGAUUCGUACAAAUUCGGAAUCAUUCAACAUGACGCCAGCAAUUCGUUAAAUAUGUAUUACGAAGACAGUCAAUCGCCGCGUGAUAGUCUCUCAGCAGCAAGUCGUGCCAAACGUGUUCGUACAUCCUUCAAACAUCACCAAUUAAGGACCAUGAAGAGUUAUUUCGCAGUAAAUCAGAAUCCCGAUGCCAAAGAUUUGAAACAAUUAGCACAGAAAACGGGAUUAUCGAAGAGAGUUUUGCAGGUUUGGUUUCAAAAUGCCCGCGCCAAAUACCGACGAAACGUCUUGCGAUGCGAUAGCGGGCAAAAAUCCAAUCCUGGCAGCUACACGUACUCCCCAAUGAGUUCGAGCGCAAGUAUUGAC